AUGGCCACCAUGUUUCCGGUCCUCAGCCUUGCGGUAUCCCUUCACGCUUGUGUCGCCAACGCUGAGCAAACAGUAUACGUCUCGUCUGGAAGCUAUGAUGAAGGUAACCUGGGCAAAUACCCCGUCCAAGACUUCAAGUCUGUCCAGCGUAUUGCCCCCCGGCCAAACGUUGUUCGCCAGGACAGCCGAUGCACAAAAGAGUUGUUUACUUUUUUCUCGCCCCGUGGCUAUGUUGAGCAAGCAAAGCAUCCUCAAGCAACUAUUCUUGAUCACAAUGAGCAUUUGAUCUGGACUUCCGGAUCGGACAAUAAGCAGAUCUACAACCUUAUGGAGUAA